AUGUUUGGAGAUAAGAACAAAGAGCCUACUGAGAUCUUUCUUGAUAAUGAGAAAAUUGACCUUGACUCACUACCCAUUUUAUCCAGAAAACAGCUUCUGAAAUUCAAUGGAACCGAUGACGCCAAACUAUAUGUAGCCAUCAAGGGCUACGUAUACGACGUUACAGCAAACACAAAAAGUUAUGGACCCGGCAAGGCUUACAACAAAUUGGUUGGGAAAGAUGUCGGGAGACUCUUGGGUUUAAACAAGUUGCAGUUGAAAGAAGAAGAUGGACGACUUCCUGACACUUGGGACUUGUCAGACUUGACAGAAAAGCAGUUGAAGAUUGUUGACGAUUGGAUAGUCUUUUUCAAGAUGCGUUACCCUAUUGUCGCUCUAAUUCAAGAGAAUAGCAACUAG